AUGGCGCUCACGAAAACCACCAAAGCCAAUGGUGCCACUCGUUUCAUCCCUGGAAGCCACCUUUGGGAUUAUACUACCCCGCCACCCGAGAACAACGACUCCUGUGUCUAUAUAGAGCUGAGCCCUGGGGACGCUUUCUUCAUGCUUCAUUCGACGCUUCAUGGGGGGUCGGCCAACACGACCAAGGAUGAAUACCGUUUCAUCUGUAUGUCUACUUCAACCACCGGUCUUCUGAGACAAGAGGAGAAUCAGUACCUAGCCAAUGAUGUGGAGAAGAUCAAGAAACUACCACUUUCGUUGCAGAGGUUUCUUGGAUGGGGUAUCUCAGAUCCUUGGAAGGGUUACGUCGAACUCAAAGACCCCGUUCUGCUAUUGAACCCCGAUGAAAAGGACUUGGCCAACACAGAAUACUAA